AAUCUCGAUGUGUAAUCGUUUGGACAAAAAUCAACGUCGUUAAAAAGUGGAAACAAUAACAAUACUUUACGUUCCACGAGUAGACAACGCGUGAAAGAAAAAUGGGCCUUGACGCAGAACUCACUGUUAUACUUCAUGAGAUCGUACAAUUUCUCGAAUUUCUUCGAGAAGCAAAUUUAUCGGGUACAAUGGAGACCAUACGAGAGAAUUUAUUGUUACGAUCUAAAAACGCCUUGAGUGUUUUUACGGGAACCGAAAGUACAGCAUCGUCAACCGAACAUUAUCUCCAUAUGAAUGCUAGCUCAAAAGGUUUGUUACCCUUGAAUAUUGGAGAAACAAAUGUAUCCGACGUGCAAGAGUAUGUCGGUAUGGAAGAAACGAUAUCUCAAAGUCAAAACCGUCCUAUAUCCCAAAUACAUUAUGAUUAUUACGAAACAUUCCGAUUGAUGACCGAGGAUGAUAAAAAGAAAGAACUUGGAGAAUAUCAAGAGAACGCGCUCAUUAAUAUUUAUUCCAAUUUAUCUGGUGCACAGGCAAAAAGCAAAUCUUUAAAAUGUGGACCAUUAUUUCGCAAGGAAGGCAAAAAAUUAUUUGUUUUUGAACAAUAUCGAAUCAAUUGGGUCGCAUUGGUAGGAAGUCAUUUGUUGAUCUACGGAAACGAACGAAGUAAUAAGCCUUACAGUAUUCAAGGAAUUCGCGGUUAUUCUGGUCGACCAGCGCCUAAUAUUGUUCCACGUGAUCAAAAAAGAAGCGAGGCAGCAUUUGAAAUUUUCAAACCUGGUAAUAAAACAUUACAAUUUAUCGCAAGAACGCCAAAAGAUAUGGAACAAUGGGUUGCCAUGGUUUGUCAGGUUGGUUCUAACGAGAUCAAACUUGAUCUUGGACUUAAUACAAAAGAAGAUGUAUCUUUGGUAUCUUCCUCUGGAAUAGUUAAUGAAACGGACGAGAUUAUUGCAAAAGAUCGUCUCGUAGAUUCAACGAAAUUACAAACGACCUUCUUGAACAUUAACGAGAAUAAGACCAUUGAACCUGAUCAUGAAAGCAAAGUUCAAACGAGUGAGAAUACGAGUCCUCCUCCGUUACCAAUUCGUAUAUCACGAAAACUUCCAUCGUUACCUCCGAGUAAUAUAAUCUCGUCGUAUGAGAUGAUGGACGACGAAGAUGAUAUUUAUCACAAAAUAGAAGAUCUCGGUGAUGGUACGUGUUAUCAGAACUUAGUGUCGAAGAAUCAAAAGGAGACGACAAUUGUUGAAAAAUCGAAGAAAAUUACUGCUGCUUACGAUGACGUCCAAACGAUUCUAGGAAAAAAUCGUAAACAUACGAAAUCUAAAUUGAAAGAGGAGAAUGUAUCUAAUACAAUGGAAAAUGAAAUGAUACGUUUUGAUGAAACUUACGACGAUAUAAGCAGCUCCUCUGUUAUAAAAGAAAAAAAGAAUUGUGAAUCUCUUCAAGAAAAUGUCAUCAACUUUAAUGAAUCACAGACACCAACCUCAUUGGUAUCAUAUGAUGACGUUGAGACCCUGAUAAAUGCUUCAUCGCCUGAUAAUAAGGCGAAGGAUAAAAAUGAAGAAGUACAAAAGAAAACACCGAAUAAAAAAUCAUUUUUGGAUAGAAUGAGAAAUAAGAAAGAAUCGCCACAAAAAAAAGAGAAGAUAAUAGUCGCUCAACGAGAAACAUUGACGCCGCCUUCGCAAAUUAUUCAGGAAAAGGAAAUGACUACGUACGACGAUGUCUCUGAUUUGAUUAUUAAAGAAACGUCCACGUCCAAUGAAAUGCCCGAAUAUACUUGUCCGCCAGCACCGAGACCUGUAUAUAAGCCACCGAGACCUGCAUAUAAGCCACCAACAAUAAUCUUGCCUGUUCAAGAAGAAUUUUAUGAUGAUGUUAACGGAUGUCAUGAGAAAAAAAAUCAACAAAUGCAAUCUGAUAUUCAAAAGCUUGAGAAAAGGAUAUCGAACGACUGUGAACAUUAUAAGUUACCGAGAAACAAUACGUGGCAACAAGUUGAAUCAUCUCAAACGGAAGAACAAAUUUAUGACGACGUAGCUAUUUUAGCAAAUUUCACGGCACGUCAGAAAGAAAUAUCAGAGGAGAACAAGGAUCAAGAUCUUUCGAGAACAUCUAUUAGUCCAGAUAAAAGGUCAUGGAAUAGAUUUGUAACUAGCAGAAAGCAUAGAUCAAGUGAUUCCAUCGGUUCUGUAACAAAUAAGAGAGUAUCUAACGAGAUUACAGAUCUUGAUUGUUAUGAAGAACAACAAAAUUUUUCUCGGAAGAAUACGUUUCAGAAAUUAAUUAAUAAAAUGGAGAAUUCAUUUGGUAAAGUAUCUCCAAGGGCAGUACCAACGACAUCCAUGAACAAAACUUAUGGAUUAAAUACAUCGUCCUGAGAUGUAAAUGAUUGGAACAGACUAUAAUAUGUUAAUAUUAUAUACGAAAUUUUAUUUCUUUCCCUGUUCGUACAUCUCUAAAAAAUAAUCCAUAUAUACCAUGUAGAUAUUAUACUUACAACAGUAAAAAUACCUAUGAUUUGAUAUAAUAUGAAAAAAGAAAAAAAAUUACAAUAACACUGAAUGUGCAUUAUUUUAUAAAAAUAAAUCAUAUAAUAGUUAAAAUGUAAUAUAUCAAAAGUGUUAUGUGCCAUUCUACUGGUAAGUGGUGAAUCAUGAGCUAAAAUAAAUUUAAGAAAAAUAAUGUAUAAUAAAAUACAUCCUGUCUGAGUUAUAUCUGAUGUCACGCACAGGUUAAUGAUAUUACAAACAAAGGCUACAAUAUAUAUUGUUAUAGAUAAUAUUAGAUAAUAUCUGUUAAAUUGUAACCAUUGUAAAUAUCAUUUAUAGUCUUGCAAGCAUGAUUCAUCCAUUUCAUUAAAAUCUGGCUUUUA